AUGUCGAUCCCAAUCAUUGAUGCUUGCAAGAAGAGGAAGAGAACGACAAAGCUCUAUGGACUCCAGAGUUUCGCUGACCAGAAUUUCCCAAUCGCAUCCUCAGGUCCAUUUCGCGACAAUGUUCGAUUGUUUCUUCAGGAAUGUUGUGAGCUCGAAGACUACAAUGUCGAAGGCAUGCCCGUUUGGUGCACAAUGCUUGUGCACGAGAACAGAGGCUUUCUGGUUCCUCUUUACACCAUUGAAGAGAGCGUCAAGCAUUCUCUCCGACCCUUGUGCGACCACUGCCAAUGCACAGGUUGGAAGCAUCAUCUUCUGACAAAACGAAAGUAUCAUAUGAUAAUUCCAGUGGAUGGUGAGUGGUAUAAGCCUCUGAAAGAGGGUGUUUUUGAUCUGCAAACCCAUCUCUUGCAUGGAUUGAUUCACUGCAAUGGGUUUGGCCAUCUGCUCUGCAUCAAUGGAAUUGAAAGCGGAUCUCAGUACCUCUCUGGUAGAGAAAUAAUGGAUCUCUGGGAUCGAAUCUGCUCAAGUCUUCAUGUGAGGAAAAUUACAGUUGAGGAUGUGUCUAAGAAGCGGUCAAUGGACCUUCGGCUGCUCUAUGGGGUCGCUUACGAACGCUCCUGGUUCGGUCAAUGGGGUUACAGAUUUUGCCGUGGAAGCUUUGGAGUGACUGAGCACAAUUAUGAAAGAGCAAUUGAUAUUCUCAGUUCAAUGGAACUUGAUAAGGUCAUACAGGAUUUCUCUCAUACAAAGCCAUACAGAGAUGUCAGGCAGAUCAUUCUUUGUUACAGAAAUUUGAGCGAAACCCAGUUGAAUACAAUCAGAGAUAUCCUAAAAUUCAUGCUUACUGUCAAGUCUCGAGCUCCACAACUAAUAAGUUCGGCCCAUGCUGCAACUGCGUCUUCAUCUUCUUCAAAGCUUUUGAAGAGAAAAGCCCUGCAAAACAAUACAGCGGCGAAGAAAACAUCUGGGAGGUACAAUAAAUUUGCAACUGUGGCUACUAAUUGGGAUAGCCGAUGGUCUGUAAGAAGAAUGGAAAAGACAGCAAAUGUAAUUGUCAACGCAAUAAAAGAAAAGAAAGCAUCAAACAGUUUCAGCAAUGGUGGUAUGACUAGGCAGGAAGCACGAGAUGCAGCUCGCCUGCUCAUAGGCGACACAGGAAUGAUUGAUUUUGUGCUGAAAUCAAUGAACAACGUAAUUGUCGGAGGUUACAUUGUCCACCGGGCUGUGAACCCAUCAACUCGGCUUCUAGAAUUUUCAAUUCAGGAGAUUGGGAAUGAUGUCCAGGUCGAUGAGGAGCCCAGACCUGUAAUAGUUCCUGAGCCACUUCCAAGGUCGGAUAUUAUACCAGGGAUUGAUGUUUAUAGUGAUCUGUCUUACUUGUAUACAAAUGUGCUAUUGGGUCACCCAGAGUCGGUGGUUAAAUUGGCCGUUGAAACAAUUCUGAACAGCAAGCUUUUUGUGAAGGAGUGGCCAUUUAGGGAUCAACAAGGUGAAUUACUGAGAUUCAUCUUCCAGGUAAUGCCAAGCUUGAGUGAUUUAGAAACUGAUUUGACAAGAGGAUUCCUGCCCAAAGAGUAUAUUGAGGUUCCAGUGCAUGCUACAAUUGGUGAGCUGAAGGCAAUGGCGCAGAAUGCAAUGAGGGACACUUACUGUGUUAUGGAACGUUUUGUGGUGACAGAUAUUGAAGAAAUGGAGGAAAUGGAGGAUGAUGAAGUGCUCAGUAGCGUGGUUGAGCCAGGUUCCGAGCUUACGCUGAGAGAGUAUGGGAUCAAUUUGGACAAAGAGCUGAAGUAUGAAGGCGGGGCAGACAAUUGGGAAGUCAGGUGCAAGUGUGGGGCAGAGGACGAUGAUGGGGAGAGGAUGGUAGCUUGUGACAUGUGUGAGAUAUGGCAGCACACUCUCUGCAGUGGCAUCGAGGAUGCAGAAGCUGCGCCGCCACUGUUUGUAUGUGAGGAAUGUUGUGCUUCACUUAUGCCCUCAAGAAUUGAUCCUCGCUUUGAGUGGGACUUUAUGGAGGCUUCAAUGUAUCCUUCUAUGGCUGAGCUUGGAAUGGACAUCAUGCAGUGAAUGUGGUUUCUAGCAACUGUUAGCAGCCAUAUUAGGUAAGUAGUUUCUUGGCUAACAUGUGCUGUGAAUGUCGAUGACCACGAGCUGGUUAAACAUUUCUACAGCUCAUUUUGGUUUUACAAUUGUUGUGAUAUAGAUUUUACUAGUGAUGGGCAAAUGUUAGAAACAUGUUCAAUCUUUCACACAUGAA